CUGGUAGUUGCCGGUUUAGCUCAAUUUUGGUCCCUCAAUUUGGACAGUAGGAUGUAGUAAAUCCUGGAAAAUGUCAGCCAGUAUGACAUUUCACAGUUCUGCAGUUGUAGAUAGUCUACACAGAAGUGGUCAGGUCUGUAGGUGAUUAAUAAAAGAGGCCCUGGCAGUUAAUCUGAAAAUAAUCACACUGGUUCUUAAGUGUGAGCUAUGAAACACUGUUUUCAAGUUUUGCAGUGGUAGGAUUUACAUAUUUAUCCCGGGACCCGGGGGAGAGGAAAGUGAUAAGGCGGCUCAAUCAUACGGCAAAUUACCGGUCGGAUUAUCAGUCCUGACUCUAGUAAUCUGAUAAAGAGAUUUAAUCCUGUCUUGUCAGUUAGCUUGAACAUUUGUUAAACGUGUGUUUGUGCGGGUUUCUGGGGUUUAGCCUAGAUCUCCCAUACGUCAUAGGGGGCUGACUAUUCAACACUUUACAUGCAUCGUGAACAUUCUAGGCAUUCAUCUUCUGAUUCAUCUACUAAAGAAAAUAAAAGAAAAUCUCAUCACUCGUCUAAAUAUUCACGAUCAUCUGAAAAAAGUUAUGAAAGAUCUUCCAAAAAAACAAGAUCUGUCGAUGAUAUGAAUGUAAACUCACAAAAUCGUAGCAGAGACAAGAGACAUUCAUCUAAAUACAGGGAUCGUUCAAGAAAUUCUCGUUCUGAGUCUUCUGAUGUAGAAAUACAAAGGAAAUCAACCAGAAAACCUCCUACAGAAAAUCCGAAAAAGAAGUCUUCUCGUAAAUCUGGCUCUGGAGAUAAACAUCAAAGAUCGCAGAAAAGCCCAAGAAAAAGUGCAGUAGUGUCUCGAACAGAUGAUGAAGGGAUGCAUUCAAAGAAAGAUGACAAGAAAUAUGAUGCAGAGCAGUCUGAAGUUAAAAUGGGAAAAAAAAGAAAGAAGAAAAAGGUGAAGGCGUCUCAUCACCAAAGUGCACCAGACCUGCUGGACGUCGACAGGCAAUAUGGUCGGGGGCCGUGGCAGCGUACACAUGGAUAUUUUGAUCAAUAUGGUCAAAGACCUCAAUCAUGGGUACAAGAAAUAUCUCAGGGACAAAGUUCUACCCUGCCAGCUCCUGUAAUGGAACGACAAAUAAUAUAUGGAAUGCCUGCUACUUUACCAAGAGCUGUGGAUGGACUCGGUUAUCCAUUGAAAGAACGGAGUCCAGGCUUCCAACCAGUGCCUUAUCAAACCUACUUGAUGCACAAGCCACAGAGACCACAAAGCAUGGAUUUAUCAUACACUCAUCAUGAUUUUUCUUCAUUGCCUCCGUCUACUGCCGUCCAAUCACCCAACACCUCGAUUAAAUUACCUGCUGGAGCUGUACCUGCAGUUGGCCCGCGAGGGCCAUUGACUUCCCCCAUUGUGAAUUCACCUCCAAUUAUUCCAGCACGCGGUUAUGAAGUUCAAGCCCAUUUACCAUCAAAUGGUUCUUCAACUUUACCAGCGAAGUUUAGACAAAGCUCUAGUGGUGGGACGUCCAAUCCACCUACAUACAAAACACCUCCGCAGUAUGGGAACUCAGUUUCAGUGAGAAGUGAUGGACCAACUCCGAAACCUAGAACUAAGACACCAGUCAAGGAACACAAAAGAUCAUCAAAAGAGAAAGGAAGCAGAAAACCCAAGUCUUCGAAACAUGGUGUGGAAACUAAGCAACAUAAACCAAAAAUCACAGCAAUUUCAGCAAGAGAAGAUUUUGAAAGUUUGCUUGCCGCUGAUUACGACAUGACACAUAUGAAAAGUUCCGAAGACUUCAAUGAAGAAUUCCCACCGGUCUUUCCCGGGAAUUACAGAGCAAAUGAUACUAUUUUCGUUGAUGACGUGAUUUUCAGAGAGCAGCCAAGAAUUAAAAGUUAUUCUGACACUGAUUCUUCCGACAUGAUGACGGAUGAAGAAAUUAAUGAAAUUAAAAUUGGUGAAGAAUUUUCACCUAAUUCUAUCGGUUACUCAUCUGGCUUUGACUUAGAAAUUCCUGAAGGAUUUUGUUUUGACUCUGAAGGUGCGGAAACAAGUUCUGUUAAACAUAAGAACAAGGGUGGCAAGCAAAAGUCUGCUGGUGUGAGAGCACAAAAAAAGAAAGUAUCUGGCGGUGAUAACAAAACAAAGACAAGUAAAAAAACAUCAACAACUAAAGACACCCAACCGAAAUCACGAUUGUCUCCAUUAAAACAGAAAGAUCAACUAAUCCUAACAACAAUCGGGCCAGUGUCUCGGACUCGGCAACAAUCAACCAGUCCAGAUAGAAAACAGAAAAGCAGUCAAAAAAUGAAAGGCACCGCUGGAAAAAAUAAACCAAGAUUAUCCAGUAACAAAGUAGAAAAAGUCGUGCAACCUGUCAAUUCAGCAAUGCAGCAGUCUUCAAAAUCCAUGACAUCCAACAAAACGAUAAAGAAGAAAAAUAGAAAAAUUCAAGCCCCGUCAGAAGACAACUCGUAUCAGAGAAUUAUAUACCCAUCUCAUCAUUGGCACACAAGACCAGAAUUGGAGCGGAAAAAGAAAAUGCAUGAUAUUGGUGUUGGUACAAAAACGUCUGUGAAACAAAAGUCGAUCGCUAUCCAAACGCCGAAGCCAAAAAGUCCUGCAGCGCAGCCAAUUUAUUUUUUGAAACCGUUAUCUGCUCAAGAAGUCUUCAUAGAUGAUUCGUCUAUUGCGAGUCACAGUGAAACCGAUAUGUCAAUCGUCCACACGGCGGCUACGUCAUCAGUUACAUCUACGGGAUCGGUCACUGCAAGGUCAGGGACAUCUUGGUCAAGGUCAUCGACGUAUAGUUCUAACCCUGAUCACACCGAUCCCAGCGAAGUCGAAAGUGUUGCCCAGAAGUUUGAAAGAAAUUCAAGAUUUUAUGCCAGUAAACCAAACGAGCAACCAUCCAUCGCAUCCUCAGUUGAUUUUGAACCUGAACCAUCAAAUUCCAGCUCCAUCGGCCCUCCGUCCAUGACACUCGGAGUGAGUGAGUCCAUCCAAGCCUCAUCGUACACUGGAAAAGGAGGAAAAGUUUUUUAUUUCACAAGAUCUCGUCACGGUUCUUCACCAGCUACGUCGAUUCGAGAUUCAAGUCAACCAAUCAUCUCCCCAAGUGAACCGCAAAUCCAACAAGAAGCAAGAUUGAAAUCUGAAUCGCAAGUCUCGGAAUCACAGUACUUCAACCCACUUGAAGUUGGGCAAUGGGUUCUAAACUACGUUCAAGAGCAUAAGCUUGCUGCACAGAAAAAAAAUCAACCCAGUACCAAGGAGGAACCCACUGAUCGAAGACCCCAAACUGUGCCUCCGCAAAUAGAACAUGCUCCUUUGAGAAAACAAGAGGCCUUUGAUGCAGAAAACAAAAACAGUUACACGUCGCAGAAAUCCAGUGUUCACAUUGAACAACCACCAGUUCCCACACAGCAACCGAAGAUAGUGCCUUUAACAACGGAAGCUUUAUCGAAACAUGAAGACAACAAUACAUGGACAGGGCAUGAUGUGGAAGACUCUGGAACUGAAUUGUCGACCAACAUCAGCUCCGAUUUGGGUCCUUUUCAGAGAGAGCUAAUUAAAACAAGACAUAAAAUACGGAAAUACAAUCAGAGGGAUAAAAGCCCUGAACUUACUCACACUGCAGAAGAAUACAAAGCACAUCUUAAGCGAUGGAACGAUUCUCCAUCAACGAACGUAGUUUUAGCAGAAGUUUGUGCAGUGACAGAUGAUGAUAUUGAGGACGCAAGACCUAAAAGUGAUAAACCAUUCAGUAAAUACUCCAAUGAGCCUGUUAUACCCACAUAUGGUAGUCGGAAUACCACCGUUGUUGGCAGCCAUAACCAAAUACAUGAAUCAGAUUCUGACUCCGAAACAACGUUGUCUACAAAUUCAUCUGAAGAUCACCAAAAUCCACGGGAACGGUUAAGAGAAUCUUUGCAAAGGAAUCGACCUUCUCAACCUGGUUUAAAUCACAAUUAUAGCAAUGUACAGCCUAUGCAUAGUGAGAAACCAAAUCAAUCAGGAAUAAAACUAAAUGAGAGAGAUUUACAGAAUGCUGGAAAUUUGGAAAAAAUUGAAAACUUUCUUGACAAUUUGGAUAAAAAUAAUGCUUCAAGUUUUCAAAAUCGGCCGUCCACUGUUUCACCUCCGACCCCUGAUGAAGAUUGGAGAAUAAUUGGCGCACCUAUGUACCCGCCGACGCAAAAACAGAAUUCUGUACAUCAUAAUAACAAUACAUCUCAAAUGGAUCCGACCGUUCCUAGGCCUCACAUGAGAAAAUCGUCAGAAGAAACUAUUGACAUACCAGAGAUGAAUAUUAAAGACCCGCACCUUCGCUUACGUUCAACGUCGUUGACAAAUCAAAGUGAAACUGGAUCUUGUUCAAGUCUCGUUGCUAACCCUUUCAAUAAAAUGGACAAUGAAGAAAUAGAGUCACUGGUUGAAAAAAUCCCAAAUAGAGGUUCGAUGGGAAAUAUUGAUUCAGAAAAAGAUGUCAUUGCUCAACUCGAAAAAAGUCGUCAAUCAACAAAACGAGAAUCCCUUGAAGAAAGAACGGCAAGAAUUUUGGGAAUUCACAGGAAAACAUCGACGGAUGAGAGCGAUGGUGGAACGCCGACUAAUACUCGUUCUGCUCAGGAAAACAAAAAAGACAUCAAUGCUUACAUGAAUAACCUGUUAACAGGUGCCGCUGACGUGUCACCUGCAACUCGUCAAAAAUAUUUUGCGUCUGGAAUGGCCGAUAAAACACCCAUUCCAGUAAAAAGUUCCCUUGCAGCAAAUUCAUCUAAAAAGUUUCCAUCGCAUGAAAACUUGGAAGCAAAUAAAAAUGGUGAAAACCCGUCUCACUUAGAAUCAAAGCAAUCAGUCGAACACAAAGAAUCUUCAGAUGACGAUGAUGACAUGACUUUGACUGAAUCGUUUUCAAUCAACGUCAGUGAUUCUGUGAUGGAAGCAAGCGUAGAUUGUAAAGUUCGACUAGAAAAGAAAGUUCCUUCUUCUCAGCCUACAGAGUAUAAAAUCCCUGACUACGUCGAUGGUCGCUCCAGUGGUCCGGUGUCACCAAGCAGAGGCAUGAUGUCACCCAGCCAAGGCAUGAUGUUGAGUUAUGGUGCCAACAUUUACGCAGAAACACCAGGGUUUCACAAGCAAGAUAGUUUUGAUUCAACAGAUAGUGAUGAACCAGACUUUAUUCCGUCAAUGCCUGUUUCAUCUGAAUAUAAACAGAAUUUUGCCAGAAGUGAAAGUACUGACCAAAGAAUGCAAGAUUCGCCAGUUCCGAUCUCAGUCAACAGUCCACCUCUUACAGAGAAAGAAAUGGACAUUGUGAGAGAACUGGUGUCAUCUAAGACUAAUUCUGUUGUUGGCAGUGCCGGUGACAUGUCUCCUGUGGCAAAUGAUGAUGCAAUACAUCAAAGCAGAAGUUUGAGUUUACCGAGCUCACCCAGAUCAAAUCGAUCUUGGAGUCCGAGCAGAGAAUUAGCUCGGGACAAAAUUGCGAAAUCAAUCGGGUUUACUUUGCCAAAUCAAAAAUCAGAUCCUCAAGAUGGCACAACUGAGUCCCUACAUUCCAGCGGCGUCAUCAAUUCAGAAGAAUAUGACAUCAAAAUUUUGUCACGAGAUAGAAAUAAAAAUGACGAUAUGAUGGUUUUAGGGAAUACACAACAUCCUAACAAAGAUGUAGCCAAUGCAUUGCAAUCGAUUGGACUCAAACCUGAGGAGUCGUGGGUGAUGUCAGUCUGA